AUGCAGCUUCUGGUGAGAGUGCCCUCUCUUCCGGAGCGGGGCGAGUUGGACUGCAAUAUCUGCUACCGUCCCUUCAACCUCGGGAGCCGCGCGCCCCGUCGUCUGACCGGCACGGCGCGCGCCCGCUGCGGCCACACACUCUGCACCGCCUGCCUGCGCGAGCUGGCGGCGCGCGGAGACGGCGGCGGUGCGGCCGCGCGUGUGGUGCGCCUGCGUCGCGUGGUCACGUGUCCCUUCUGUCGCGCCUCCCCUCUCCCGCGUGGUGGGGUCACAGAGGUCGCUCUUGACCCGGGCGUGUGGGCACAAUUGGAGGAAAAAGCACGGACUGAACGCGAACGAGAUGAGGCGGGGUGUCCGGUUAAGGAAAGCGGCGAUGCUGAUGGCGAGGCUGAUGAUGAGGAACAGGAGUGCGAGAAGGGGGCGGGACCUAGAAGUGCGGGGUGGCGCGCGUUUCGGCGGCUCUGGGACAGGGUCCUGGCGCCCGCGCGCCGCUGGCGGCGUCCGCUGCCUAGCAACGUGCUCUACUGUCCAGAGAUCAAAGACAUUGCCCACAUGACCCGCUACACGCUGUAA